UUAGUCACGUCGCGGCCAUAUUGAAAACGAAAACGAGGCUUGAUCGAACGGAAGUGAUUCUCUACUAUACGAAGACGAAUGAUGGACGGAAAAUGGACCACAAAUCUUCUGCUCUUGCUUCCUAUAACUGCGGCAUUAAUCGAUAAAUGGGCGGACGAGAAACACCGGAUCCCCAAACUUGUCCAGACCAAAGGGUACAGCAACUGGAUCGAGGGAUAUGUCCAUGAUGUUGAAGGUGGACCUUUCACUGGAAAGUCCCUUUAUUGAAAAGGCAGAAUGCAACUGCAAAGCAGGCCAAGGACAUUGUGCACAUGUUAUUGGGUUGCUCUACACUGUAGCACACUAUAUAAAAUUAGGCUGCAAGUCUGUCCCUCCUGUGGAGAGCAAGACUUCUUUGCCACAAACCUGGCACAUCCCCCGACGCUCAAUGGGGUUAAGUCCAAAACCCAUUACUGAGGUACAAAUAAAUAAAAUAAAACCCCAGCAAAAUGACUUUCCCCCUGCCAAACAGAUGAGAAGUGAAAGAAUAGUCAGCAAUCUGUACUGUCCAGUGCCACUCCCACUUCCUUGUAAGGAUUUUGCACAGAGGCUGAAGUCAAAUCUUAAUGACAUAGGUAGUACAUGUCAGUUGGUCACACUAAUGAACUUGCCCUCAUAUCAGCCACAGUAUGUGCCCUCACCAUAUGGUGAUGUACCUCUGGGCUCCAUCCUGAGUUAUCAGACUCGCCCUGCAGUUAUCCAGUCUGAUGACUACCCCCCCUUCCCUUUGCCCCCACAGCCAAGAGACUAUGCCACUGUUCUUGGUGAAGAGGAGAUGGACUACUACAGUGGUAUAUCUAUGACUCAGACUGACUCUGAACUCCUGGAGAAUGAGACAAGAGGCCAAAGCAUGAACAAGGUCUGGCAUCGCGUGCGGUCUCAGCGCAUUACUUCGUCUAAUUUUAAAAGGGUGUGCUCAAGACGAGCUGACUUUGACAGUCUUGCUGCAGAGCUCACGAGGAAUAAAAAAACAGUGCAGACCAAAGCUAUGUGGAGGGGAAUUGAAAUGGAACCAGUGGCUGCAGCAAAGUACACUGCAUUAACAGGAACCGUUGUUCUACCAUGUGGUUUUGUGGUAAACCCAAACGCUCCCCACUUAGGGGCAUCCCCAGACGGAAGAGUGAUUGACCAAUCCGAAGAUUCUCCCUACGGCCUCUUAGAAAUUAAGUGCCCAGACAAAAGCACAUGUGCAGAUUGUCCAUAUCUUAUCCGACAGGCAGAUGGUGAUUUAGCGUUAAAAGUUGACCAUGAAUAUCAAUUCCAGAUACUCGGACAGAUGGGUGUUAGUGGAGCAAAGUGGUGUGACUUCUUUGUGAUGUCUCACAAUGACUUCCACUUGGAGCGACUACACUUCGAUGUCAAAAAGUGGGAAGAAGUAAAAUCUAAACUAGACUACUUUUAUUUCCAGCAUUUUUUGCCAGCACUAUUUAGAUAG